GUGAGGCAGGGCUCGGGGGCGCGGUGAAGGCCCAGUCUGAAGCGAAGCGAGGCUGGGCUGGGGACCGAGGCGAAGCCAGACGGUUUCUCUGGCCAGUGUCUCUCCCUCCGGUCUACAGCAUGGGGAACAUCUUUGCGAACCUCUUCAAGGGCCUUUUUGGCAAAAAAGAAAUGCGCAUUCUCAUGGUGGGCCUGGAUGCUGCGGGGAAGACCACCAUCCUGUACAAACUGAAGCUGGGUGAGAUCGUGACCACCAUCCCCACCAUAGGUUUCAACGUGGAGACUGUGGAGUAUAAGAACAUCAGCUUCACGGUGUGGGAUGUGGGUGGCCAGGACAAGAUCCGGCCUCUGUGGCGCCACUACUUCCAGAAUACACAAGGUCUCAUCUUUGUGGUUGACAGCAAUGACCGAGAGCGUGUGAAUGAGGCUCGAGAGGAGCUUAUGCGGAUGCUGGCGGAGGAUGAGCUCAGGGAUGCUGUCCUGCUCGUGUUCGCAAACAAGCAGGACCUCCCCAAUGCUAUGAACGCAGCUGAGAUCACGGACAAGCUGGGCCUCCACUCUCUGCGCCACAGGAACUGGUACAUUCAGGCUACCUGUGCCACCAGUGGGGACGGGCUCUAUGAGGGACUGGACUGGCUGUCCAAUCAGCUCCGGAACCAGAAGUGAACCGAACUCCUCUCUUCCCCCUCACUCCCUACUUCACCCUUGCUUUCCUCUCAUGUGGCAGAUGUGCCCCUGUGGUGUGAGUGCCAGAAGCUGUCUCCAUGGUCGGUCCCAGUGUGCUUCAUCAUGCUGUACAUGUGCAGACGCAGCCUGCAACCGGGUUUUUAUUUAAUGUAAAUAGUUCUUGUUUCCAAUGAGGCAGUUUCUGGUACUCCUAUGCAAUAUUACUCAGCUUUUUUU